UGUCCCAGGCCAAUCCUUUUUUUUUUUUCUCCAUAUAGCUACAUACAGGACUUUAUACUGUGUUAUGCCAGAAGGAGCACCAGGCCAAGCUGAUGCUCACAGGAGACAUAAACUUCAUGGAGAAAAUGGGCUUAUCACCACACUACCAGGGUGCCUUACUGUAUACGUUAGAUAGAUCAAAGGUUUAUUUCCUUGUACUCCCAAAAGCAGUAGGAGAGCUUAGGCUUCCUGAAAAUAAUAUUCUGGUUUUGACCAGUACAUUUGUAGCUGUUGCUGGUCUUUUCAGGAUCAUGCUCUUAUUCGGUGCCAGCAAAAUCUUGAGCAAGGACGUCUUGUCCCACUGGGCCGUGCUAGAGCACAAGGGAAAUUUGAUCUGAACCAUUUCCUCGUGUUUGAAGUAUUUCCAGGAUACUCUCUCCUGUACAGUUUACUAGAGGUCCUUCUGAUUUUUUUGCUUGGAGAGUUGUUUAACAUCUUGAAUUGACUCACCACUUGUUUCUAAAGUCCAAGUAUCCUUUUCUCAUGGUUUUAUUUCCCUUUUCUUAAUGAAAUUGUUCCUUUUUUUUCCUCUGAAGUUUUAGAUUUUUGCCCUCAGUGCUAAUGAAAGGAAAAAUCUCGUUUUCUUACCAUGCUGUGAACUCUGUCUUACAACAUCCCAUGGCAUCCCAAAUUUUCUGGGGAAGAGAAACUAAGAUGGGUUUACACUUUAUUUGCUUAUUCAUGAUUUAAGGAAGGGCCUUUUUUCCUUUUUGCUUUAAAGAUUAAGGUCUCAUUUUAAAACCUGGACCAAGAAAUAAUUUACACUUGAAGCCCCAACUGGCAAAGUGAUUCUUUUUCACUGUAUGUACUGUGUAAUUGUUACUGCUUGUUCAUCCAAGCAGUAAUGCUUAUCUCAAAGCAGCACAUUUGUGCUGGGGAGCAGGAAGAGUGGGGCUGCCCCAGGAGGGAGCAGGCUGUGGAGGACACCCCAGCAUGGCACGAGUGCCCUCUUGGGCAGGGUGCUGCCGCCCACAUCCGAACAGGGCCAGGGUGUUGACAGGACCUGCUGGUGGUCCAGUGGUCAUCAGAGGAGGUGAGGUGACAAGGAGCUCCAGUCCCUAGGCGGCCAGCAGGUGUCCUGGGCAAGGGUGGUCAGGGCACUGCAGCCUGCACAGGAACUCAGGGCUCCUAUGGUUUGAAUGUGGGAAGUUGUUCCAGCAAGACAAUACCUAACAUAUUUGGUUUUGAAAGCGUACCUCCUGCAUUCACCCGACCUGAACUUCAUGCUAUUUAAUUGCACUGUUGUUGUAAUAUAACUCCUCUGUAUUUCAGUGGUCAGGCUUGGGACGUGAUGGGCUGAGGAGCAAGUGCAGCUUUGUCCUGGCAACCAGGCUGGGACGUGCCUUUUGUCAAGCAGUGGUCCUUUUUCAUUCCAGAACUUCCAUUUUAGCUUGUUGUGGAAUGAUUUAUCACCAGAGCCAGCCAAAGGAGGUAACUGUGACAAAUGAAUACUCUGAAAACAAUCUCUUUCUGGGAUCAGGUAAAGUAAACAAAAUACGGAAAGCAGAGGAUUCCCUGUAUCCCUAUUUGGCUGACCCCAGCCAGCAGGUGGGAUGAAGUGAAUUCUGCCACAAGAGGUGUUGCACAAAGUCAUUAACAUCUGUUGUAGGCUGAAUGUACCUCCUGGGCUUUGCUAAUGUUUGGAAGUAAUUCCAGAUCUUUUCCUUCAUUUAGCUUCUUUGCUCUGAAGAACAAUAAAUAUUUUGGCUGUCUACAAUGAUUCUUAUCCACUUCUCUGCCCUUUUUUCAAGGAAAAAAAUAAUAUUUGAUGUGUCUUCAAGCCAAUUCAGUAAUUGCUGUAGCAGAGGUUGCAACAACAUAGAGGUAGAGCAGCUGAACAUAGCAAGCCUGUCUAAAGUAUAAGGAUUUGAGGUUGGCUUUGCUGUCUGUCGGUAGCACAGGCUCCUGCCCUCUGGAGCUGACCUGUGGGAGCUUGCCAGCAGCUGGGCCAGAGGAGCCUGAACCUGCUGACAAAUUUCUGGAUGCUGCAAAAGUCCUAGUCUUCCUUGCCCAUGAGAAGGAAAAGCAAGCAGCCCUAGCAAGGGAGAUUUUUGUAGCAAGGUCAUAAUAAACAUAGGAUUAAAAAAAAAAGAAAUGUACAGGGGAAUGAACUAAAAAAAACAAAGUGCCCUUCUUGAUUUUAUUGCUUAAAGUUAUUGGGCAUCAAUUUGAUGAACAUUUAAAUAUGCAUUCUUUUUAGUUAUUUUGAAAUACCAUAACCUAAAAGAGACAACAUAUUGCCUUGUCUUCUUUCAGCAUGUUCUGCCCUUCUGCAUGUUCAAACAACCAGAGGCCCGCCAAGAGCUGUCCUGUCCUCUUGGGAACUAGUCUUUUCUUGGGAGAAACCUAUCAGGAAAAGUAUUAUUUACAUUUAAAUAGCUUCUGUUAAGGAUGGCUCUCAGUGUUAAUAAAUCCUCUUGCUAAAUAUGGGAAUUCAGGCAGUAUGUGCUUAAGUGUCUGAACUUGUUUAAGCUCACAGUAGGUUAGCCCCCAAGCUGGAAACCAGAUCAGAGAGUAGUAGAACUAUUUGUGCCCAAGUCCAAAUCGAUGGUUAAAACUGCUGCCUUGUGUUACAGAGACCAUCAGUCUCUCCACAACUAAGGCUCCAUCAAUUCAGAUUUGUUUUCAGCCAAAUAAUAAACAUUCUGAGAAAAAUCUGUAUUUGAACUCUUUCAAUGUGGCUAGUUUCAACAUGAAUUUAUAACUGAGUAUCUUAAUCUUAUUUGUAUUUUAAUUUUUUAAAAUAGGAAAUAUAGGACAAUGUAGAAACAAUGAAGAUGGGGACUGAAUUUAUCUGAGUUUAUCUUUGUCUCUGUGAGCUUUACCCACAGAUAAACUGAGAUACAGAAAAGAAGUGUAACAAUAACACUUGAGCAAAGUUUAUGUCAUCUCACCUACAAAUGACAGCUAGCAAAACAGAAAAGUUGGUAUCAGCUGUUCCAGUUCAAAGCUUUUACAGAUUUCUCAAGGCACACAAGGGGUAUUCCUCAGACCCUUCUACUUGAACAAGCCAAUUAACUGUUUCUUGAUCAAAGACCAAAAGAAAAAAGAAGGCAGGAUUGCCCUCAUAUAGCAAAAACUCCUAGCAGGGCACUGUGAGGGAACACGAUUCAGGAUGGAACAGUUCCGGGCGUGGAGAGAAGCGUGCAGCGAUUGGCAGGACUUUGUCGUGUGGACUUUGCUGUUAUUAUGUGGUUUCAUUGUAUUCACACUGCACAGUACACAGCCUGGACAAGCCGAGGCUUGCCAUGAGUUUGCCCCCGCUCCUCCCCCUUUUGCCGGUGUCCCUAUGCUGGUUUGUCCCUCUGCUUGUUGGUCUCAUGCUCCACCCUAUGUUCUGGCCCGUUCUGCUCCCGAGCGGAUAAAAAGAGAGUGGGCACGCCUGAAUAGGGAACUCUGCUUGCAUCCUUCCUUGUGUCCCGUCCCCUCUUCGGACCGCGAAGGCACAAAUUUAUUUUUUUUUGGUAGCAGCACAAUAGAAAAUAGCAGAACUGCCUUCAUAGUCAUGUUGGAUCAUUUAAAGGAACUCACAGCGUUUAUGCCCCAACAAUACCUUUGAUGAUAGUUCUGUAUAUGUGUUUUUAAACAAAUCAUAUUUUUCCAUUCCAAAUGCUGCCUGGAAUGGGAUGCCUUCAAGGAAACAUUAUGUGAGUCAUCCUCAAGAGACAUGCAAUUGAGGCACCUCCUUUGGAACAAAGUCAUCUACAUCCAUCUAAAAUAUCCAAUUAUAAACAGUAUUGUUACUCACAUAAUUGCUCAACGGCCUUAGAAGCAAUCUGUUUUUUUAUGACAGUAAGAAUUAAUGGUGAGUUGUUGAUGCUAAAGUUAGAAUAACAUCACACAAAGAUUAAAAUGUCAUUUCAGUGAUAGUUUAUUCUGGAUUAUGUUAAGAAAUACGAGCUCGUGAUCAUUUAAGACUCAUAAAACUUCUACUCCUUGUUUAACACUUGUUUGAAUGUCUGAAUGUAAAAAAUACUUUCUGAGGCUUAAUUCAUGUGGGAAGCUCAGGGCAGAUGAAGAACUCACUGUGGAUUUGUGGAGUAAGAUAACACUCACAAACUUGUGCGAAUUGUUGGGUUUAUUUUCUGUGUACCUUUCUGUAUUAUGAAAAUAUUAUUAUAGAACAGAUUUUCACAAAUUCCCAGUCAUACGUGGGCUUAAUGCUGGCUGUGUUUCUCAACCCCUUGGCUCUAGUUUUGAGUUCUCCCAUUCCAAGAGGUAUGGAAGAAUUACUGCAAAGAGAGAAAGGUUUGAGAAGAGGUAAGUAUAUACCGUGCUCAUUGCAAGUGAGGGAUAGAGGGUCUCACAAAAUACGAACAAAUGGUACACCUUAAUUAUAAGGAGAAAAAGCAUUUUAUGCGACCUGAUGCAUGAAUUCAGAGACUAUGUAAUCCUUACCUGCAGCCAGCAGGCCCCUGUUCAGUUGUAAUACUUUCUUUCUGUUGUUGUUAUUCCAUCCUACUGCUAGAAUAGGUCAUGUUGCUCUCGUCAUUCCUGGGAUAGCAUGGAUGUGCCAUAUGGAGCUAGCACAAGAGUAAAUGAUAAGCUGAACUUCACACACUCUCCAGAGAACUGAUAGGGCCCAGGAUGAAUAAUAUGGGCUGUAGAAGGAAAUCCAGAAAACACUGGUUAGUUAGGAAAGGCACUACACAGACAAACCCUGUCAUUUCGGCAUUUACUUAAAGAAAAUUAAAUACCUAGCCCCUCUAACUCAUCUCUUCCCACAGGGCUGAGUUUUUUGCAGGUUUUCCACAGCACAGAUGUGGGAGACCUUGAGAGCCUGGGAGUAGCCUGGACUCUGAAUGACAGCUGGAGGAGUAGUGAUCCUUGGUGUUAGUAAUGCAUAUGCUAUUGGGAGUAACUAGGUUUGAGGAAUCAUGUUAGAAUGACACUGAUGUAUUUGUCACAUUCAUUUGCACAUUUAUUUUGUGGGUAGGAAGAAGCUGGUUUUGAAAGAAACAACUAAUGAUAAUUAAAAGAAGCUAUUCUGCAGUCGAUUGUAACUGCUUUAUGGAACAAUCAUGAGGAUUGAUGGAUUGCCAUCUUUCACUGAGGCCUCCAGUGACAGUGGUAUGUCCCUAUUUCCCUACCUGUAACAUUUUAUGCCUUUCUUUUCAGUGUUCUUUCUCCUGAAUUCUCUUGGAGCUCUUAACUAUCCCUAUUCAACAACUCUACCUCUUUAAUUUUCCCUUCCAUUAUUUUGCCCAGAUUUUCUCACAGCAUUUGGUCACAACCUAGCAAUUCUCCCAGAGGAGGCAAGGUUAUGCCGGUAGGCCACAUUGGAUCAGAUCCUUGGCACAGACAGCUGAACCCCUGGGGGCUGACAGAGGAGAUGACCAAGAGAGGUUGAAAGACACACUAGAUAGGAGAUUACAAGGUGAAGUAAUCUGUUUGGAUCCAAGCCCAGAUGGUGCCAAGUGAGUACAUGUUGCAGGGAUGAUGGGAAUGGUAUGGCUGCUUUCAGUAGUGUAUCAUCCGUUUAGAAAAUAAUCUGAAAUUCCAAGAAAUUAAUAAAUGUCUUUAUGAUUACAUAAAAGUCUUCAUGAAUAUGUAAAAGUCAGAUGGUGCCUGAUACACACUGACCUCUGAUACCUCCCUUAUUCAGUCGUGGCAAUGUGUUAAUAUGUCCCCAAUAAUACAUGCGCAACUGGGAUAUAAUAGGGGCUUUACUGGUUUCCAGCAGGCAGUGAGCAGGGCUACAACACAAUCACUGACUCACUUUUAUCUGAAACGAACAACCCUUCUCUCUCCUCCCUGCAAACAAUAAGAUUGUUAGAUCCAAGGCCGAAUUCAUGUUGUUGUGAACAGCUGCAAAUCCACUGACGUCAGCGGAGCUAUAACCACUUAGUAAAAUGAGAGUCCAGCUUGUGGUGAUGUUUUGGAUGAAUUUCAGUGGAACAAUUACAUUCUAUCUUUCUACAAUUCUCUGGACUUUUCCUUUAGAUGGAUAUGUUUUAACCUGUCCUAUGUAGCACUGAAGUGCGCUGCCAAACAGCUGCUUGUGCCAUGUAAGUGAUUCUUGCAACUCUCUAUGAAGCAGGUUAAAGUCUGGCUGGAUGAACUAGCUAUAUUGUGGAAGUGUAUGAGAUUGUAAGAGGAAAAAUAAAGCUUUUUAUCUCAAGGGCCCAAUAAACACGAUAUCCCACAAUGCAGGAGCUAUGGAGCAUAGGAGAGAGGUGCAGGCCCUACAUGGGCAGCAAGAAGCAUGACUAUAAUAUUCAAGGGCUGCUAAAAUAGUCUUAAUCUUACAAGUUGCAGUCUGCUAUGGCUUGAUCUUGCAAAGUGUCUAAAAACAUUAGUCCACUGACCUCCAGUUACACAGAUCUAGAGUGAAGCAGAGAACCAGCACUGCAGAAAUUCGAGCUUAAGAGCAGUCACUGCUGAUUGCAAGGACUUAUUUUUUUCUGUUUUCCUGAGAAGAAGGGAAACUCCACAUGGGGGUGGAGAAAGUGCUGGGAGGGCAUAAUGAUCUCCAGUGGCUUCAACACCCGGUUCCAGACCAACACUACUGUGCCUGAAUCAUGGUGGAGCAAGUUGUUUGGCCUUUGGUACAAGAAAUUUCCAAUAGACUAUGUCUGCAUUAGAUUAGAUUGUGCUGAUCCUGUUCCCUAAUCAGGUCAGCUGCAUGGGAGUUGAACUCCAGUUCUUCCCAUUGAAGUUGCAUCUGUCUCAGGAGUUGGUAUUCUCUGUGUUGGAAUGGAAGACAAGUAAACAGGAGCUUUCAGGGGGAAAAAUAUGUUUUCUUUUAAUUUUCUCAAAAUUAUUUUCUGUAUGGACAUUUGUUAAAGUAAGGAAUUCUGAUAGUGUAAAAAUGUUCACAGUUCCAAUCUUCAUUAAAGUUAUACAGUUAAGUAUUUACAGAUUACUAAGGUGGACUUUCUGAGGCUGACAUGAGCCUAAUACAACAUCAGCAGUCAGGGUCUAUUGAAAAUGUUCUUUGUGCAGAGUCACCUUUAGGCUGACCUUUGAUCCAAGCAGUGUGAAUGACAGUGGUUUGGGAUGCUUACAACAGGUAACUGAAAAAAAAUGAGGGCAUGCAAUAAAAUUAUUAGCACUGAGAUGAAACAAUGUAAUGGAAGAUACAUGUCUAAUCACUGAGGGAAAAUGCUUUAUGUACAGGAUGGAUUCUGAGUGUCCCAUCUUCAUCUUACUUAGCCUGAGGCUGUGGGAAGAGCAAACAAAGAACGUGUAAUUGUUCCCACACAAGAACAGACAAGCCUACAUUGAAAAGAUAAUGAGUGAAACUAGCAGGAUUCAGGGACGUUACAUGCAGUCUCCAAGGAGAAACAAAGUUCAGUCUGAGACCUUGAAUAUCAAAAGAAGUUAAAAGACUUAUAAAUCCUUGGAGAAGACAGAGAAGGGGAAGAUCACUUUUUAGAAGUUCCCUCUGGAGACAAAUUGAAGGUAAGAGAUUGUGAAGAGAAUUUAAAUAUGUCUGGCUGUUUAGAGGUGUUAGUUGUUUAGAUUAAAUAAGUAUGUUUUAAACAAAAUGAGUCACUUAGAGUUGUAAUAUUGUGUGAUUUAGCAUGCUGUUUGCUUAGCUUUACUUGCUUAGCAUGAGUAACUGGGUUUGCUGAAGCCUUAGGCCACAAGCUGUGGACUUUCACUGACAUCUAUGCUUUUGGCUGGAAUAGAACUUGUUUUCUUGCUAAUUUUCCUAGCAGCUAGCACAGUGCUGUGUUUUGGAUUCAGUAGGAGAUCAAUGUUUAUAACACACUGAUGUUUUAGUUGUUGCUGAAUAACAUUUUGACUAAGUGUAGGCCUUUUUUAGUUUCCCGUGUUCUGUCUAGGAGUAGGCACAAGAGAAGCACAAACCAGAAGAUAGAGAGGCGGUCGGCAGCAGAAGAUGCAACUCCACCAGAUAAGAACAGUUAACGGCCAGCCUCUGUGGAGAAGAAAAAAGAAUCCCACAAGGUGUUAGAAGACCCCAGACCACAAGUCACCACUGGACUAAAAAGGCACAUGCAGAGCAUGCUGAAGGUUUGGAAACGGAUGUUGGAAGAUGUUAGCUGUGGAUACUGGGGUUGUGGAGGAGUGGUUAUCAGAGUUUAAGACACUGCCAGAAGCAUCCAUAUCCAGCUAUGCUGCCAGUUUGAAAGACAAGACUGCUUUGAUUUCAUCUCUUUAUAAAGUAAUUCAGGAUCCACAGAGUGAACUUCUGGAGCCGGUUUGCCAUCAGCUGUUUGAGUUCUAUCGCAGUGGUGAGGAACAGUUGCUACGGUUUACGCUGCAUUUUCUGCCAGAAUUGAUGUGGUGCUAUCUUGCUGUCUCAGCCAGCAGAGAUUUGCAGAGCAGUGGGUGCAUAGAGGCUCUUCUCCGGGGAGUUUAUAACUUGGAGAUAGUUGACAAAGAGGGACAUAACAAAGUGCUGAGUUUCACAAUUCCGUCUUUGUCCAAACCUUCAGUCUAUCAUGAACCUUCCAGCUUUGGCUCCAUAGCUCUCACUGAAGGAGCUUUGUCUCAGCAUGGUUUGUCCAGGGUUGUGUACAGUGGACCUCAUCCUCAAAGGGAGAUGCUUACAGCGCAGAACAGGUUUGAAGUGCUGACUUUCCUUCUGCUCUGUUACAAUGCUGCCUUAAGCUACAUGCCUGCAGUGUCUCUUCAGUCAUUGUGUCAAAUUUGUUCAAGAAUUUGUGUCUGUGGAUAUCCUCGCCAACAAGUGAGAAAGUACAAGGGAGUCAACAGUAGAAUUCCAGUUUCAUCUGAAUUCAUGGUGCAAAUGCUAACAGGGAUCUAUUAUGCCUUUUAUAAUGGAGAAUGGGAUCUGGCUCGUAAAGCUAUGGAUGACAUUUUGUAUAGAGCACAGCUUGAACUGUAUCCAGAACCUCUGCUGGUUGCUAAUGCAAUAAAAGCUUCACUGCCUCAGGGUGCCAUGAAAUCUAAUAAAGAAGGUACAAGGUGCAUUCAGGUUGAAAUUACACCUACUUCAUCCAGAAUAUCAAGAAAUGCUGUAACUAGCAUGUCUAUCCGAGGGCAUAGAUGGAAAAGGCAUGGUAAUUCUGAUUUAGGAAUUCAAGAAGAACUAAUAGAGGUAUCUGAAACUGAUGAAGGGUUUUACUCUAGGGCUACUUCUAGUGCAAGUCAGUCCGCCCUGUCUAACAGCAGCAACACGAGCAGCAAGAACCUUCUAGGGAAGAGCCAGCGAAGGUCUGGAGGAAUCAAAGCUGGAGGAAAAGAAAAAGAAGGAGAAACCUGUAGAGAACACUUGUCACGAAAACAAACUCAGAGAGCCAUGAGUGAGAAUCUAGAACUUGUCUCUCUGAAGAGACUGACACUGACAACUAGCCAGUCCCUGCCUAAGCCUGGCAGUCACAGUCUGGCCAGAACGACCACUACUGUGUUUAGUAAAUCCUUUGAACAGGUCAGUGGUGUCACAGUUCCAAAUAAUCACGGUGGUGUCUCUGGUACAGAGGCAAACAGGUUUUCAGCUUGCAGUCUUCAAGAGGAAAAACUGAUAUAUGGAACAGAAAGAACAGAUCUUCCGAUUUUAAGCAAACCACCUAAUCAGCAGAGACCUCCAAGUAUUAGCAUAACUUUGUCAACAGAUUGAUAUUGGGCAUUAUGAAAAGUAAAUUAUUGAGGAUUUGUCCUGAUAUUGGUAUAUUAAACUCCUUAAUAUGCUAUACGUUACUUCCUUAAACCCCAAGCUUGUAAAUUCUUGUUUGGCUCACAUUUGACAGUAAUAGUGAAUAGACAACAGUUGCAAUUAUUUUUGAGUCAACUUCUGAUAGCUUGGAAAGUGUACUCUUUUUACAGCUUCAUGAGAAGUUUACACCUUCCCCAAUUGAACAAGCAUUAAUUGGUUGUUUGGCCACUGAUGAGGGUAUGUGGCUUCUUACGGAUGUGUAGUGUGGGAACAAAUAGAGCCUCUCUCCCAGAUUUUGCUUUUUCACUACCCUUAGCAUAGGCAAAACUGCAAGUACUUCUUUUUUUUUGGGGGGGAGGAGUCUUGCAGUAUUGUCAUGAAGUUUUGGAACAGCACCAUAAGAACAAACAGUCUCUUACAUUAGCCGUGAGAAAGCUGUGCUUACAUGUAAGGUUAAAACUAGAAGCAUCACUACAGCGUUUGAUGUCGUGGUUGGUUUUGUAAUGGUGGUUAGUACACGUUGCAGUGUUCAUACUUCUUUAUGCCUAUAUGAGUCCAAUUUAUAGAUGCAUUUUGAUUUUCCUAUAUGUCUUCAAAACUGGGCCAAAUGUCAUACAGCAACAGUGCUUCUGGAUGGGAGUUAUUAUCACUUGCUAUAGUAGUCAAUCUUUAAUCUUAAAAAUUAUGUGAUAGACUCUGUCUUUCUUUAGGAUUCUUAAAUAUCAGUUGCAAAGCCACUCAUUGAAAAGUCUGUCAUCAGUAUUUUUAUUAUUUGUGGGGAAGAGAUGUGCUUGUGUAUCAAUGUUAUGUAGGAAAUAUGAGCCCUUCGCACUGACUCAAGCAAAUCAGGAGUGUGAAUGUGUUUAACAUGAACUUUGUACUUGAGCCUAAGAGAAUACUACCAAAGGAUAUGUACUUUCAGUAACUUGCAAGCACAAAGGGAAAUUAUAAUGUAAAUAUAACUAACACUGUAAUUCCUAGUCUUUUGUAUCUAUUAUUUUUCUAGUUUGAAAUUCUAAACCAGCAGCCUGUUUAAGGUUACCUAACCCUUAACCUUCAAUGAGUUUGUUUGAUACUAACUUCUAUAAUGUCAGGAUUUUAAUUAAAAAAGAACAUUAAAACUUCUUAUGCAGAAAUUUGAAGAAGCAGUAGCUGACAAAACCACUCCAGGAGCAAUGAUUGGCUGAUAAACGGACAGUGUAUUAUUAUGAGUGGAGAAAUAGGAUGAAGAUCUAAGGCAUAGUCACGCCCAACUGUCCAGAUUUCUGCAGCUGUUAAUCUAUUAUUGUCAAGAACCUUGUAAGAAAACAAUCACUAAAAUUCUGGUAGACUUUCCCAUUUGCCUAGAAAUAAAUUUAGAUAUUCCUUUAUGACUUAAACUGAAGCACAAAUAACUUUUAAGCAGCUAAUGUUAUUCAGGUUUAUAGCAAUUAAUAAGCUGGCUAAUUAGUGAAAAGUGAUGAGACAUAGUUGAUAGAGACAAGUUAUAUAAUUGUGAUACUAAGACUGCAAACUAGAUGUGUCCCUUCCUUAAGAUUCACCAAAGUAUGCAGAAUAACUCCAUCAGUCUGUAGGUGUUUGUGUUCACCUGAGAGCCUGAGCUUAAAGGAAUAUGCCACACUUUUUCAUUCUUCAGUUUGUUGUGUGACACUGUUCUAUUCUAGUAGCAUAGUAUUUCACCUUUUUACAGUAAAAUGUUUUCUUAAUUGUACAUGAAAACUUAAUUCCUAAUGUAUAAACUAUAAAUUUGCCCUGUUAAUUUUUUAAUACUUUGGCCAGUGAAAGAAACUGGUUCUUUGAGGUUGUAUACUUUUGUAAAUGCUUUGUACAGCAGAAAAUUUUGCCUCUUUUUUAAAUUUUUUUCUUCACUAUACAUUAGCAUGUUUGUUUCAGAUUGGCUAGUACAUGUGGCUACUGAAGCAGGCAUAACCACGAGCAACAGAAGGGUGUUGGGCAGCUGAUAGUAGGCAUUGGCUAGUACUACACACACUGGAUGUAGAGCUCUUCCUUCCCCUGAAAUUUGUUAUAAAUGUUACAAAGAAAUAACCUGCAGAUCUCACAGCAGCCUCCUGAUCUACUUUUGCAGUGUAGGACCUGACAAUACUUUGGGAAAAUUUUGCACUAAUUUAAAUUGAGACAUAAACUAGAAUAGAUAAGUAAAAUUGCAAUAGACAAAUAUUUAUUGUGAUGGUAUUAGUUGUGAGUUAGUGUUAAGGGACUUGAAUUUUUAACUAAUUUUACUGGGUUUGGUUUGUUUCAUUUAAUUCAUGAUUGUCUACCGUGGAGGUAACAAUCUUUCAAGCUGGGUGUUGGUAUAAAAGAUAUUUGUUAUACUGGGAAGAUUUAGUCUCUUUAGCUCUAAAUAAUUAGGAUUUUGAAGGAUCUAAAAUGCCAUACGAUGUAGGUGUGUAACAUGAUGUUUACAAUACUGUUGGCUACAAGUCAAAUGGUGUUAAAAUAAAGGUAGUUUAUUCUUUUAUUUUAUCCAGCUGAUCUGGCUUGAACCCAAGAUAUAGGCUCAAAUUGGUACAACUGAAAUAACAUAAAACUUCAUACUUUUUUUAGGAAAUGGUAAAAGGAAAGGUUCUUGGUACUAUGGGCUGCUCUUUCCAUACAUACGUGGCUUAUGUAAAUAUGUAUGUAUUGGUUUCUAGAGCAGUUUACACAGUGAGCAUGUUUUUGUGAGCUGACAUCACACCUUGAUACUGAUUGAGUCAGAAGAAUUUAUUUCCUGAUAUGAGUACCAAAACUUUCAGUUGUGCUUCUUUCUUUUCUUAAAAAUGGAAAAGAUAAAAAAAGACAGGACUGGGGAGCGGGAUGGGGGAAAGUAGGGCAGGAAACAGAUAUUUCUAAAUAAAUCUCUCUUUUCAUGAUAUUUCUAAAAUUGUCAAACUCUGGGGGUUUGGGCAUUAUCUGAGCACUUCAGACUGUUAUAUGGAAAAUGUAUGUUAAAAAAGUAGAUGUCUUCUAACAGCAUAAGGAAAACCUAUUAAGACUACCCAUAUUAUAGUCUGCCUGGGAGUGGGUAGUUCUGAUGAAUACCUUCCGAGCAUACACAGCUGCAACAUCCUGCAGGAAAAAUGUUAUGUAGGAGUGAAUCAUCUCAGAUGGUAAUAAGAGAAGUUGUUUCAAUGCUGACGUUCAUGACUGACCUUACUGUUUUAAAUCGGAGAACACUGUUUCCAAGGCUUUGAACAGCAACACUUCCAAAACUCUGUUGAAACUGAGGAGAAUUAUUUUUGUUGUGAGAAUCUGUAACAUUCGUGCACAAAGUGUAUGGCCUCUAACCACUUCUUGUAGAGCUGCAGUGACUUUUCUGAAUUGAUUGAAAUGUCUUGAAUUGCCUUCAUUACCUAACAAAUUUGAAAGGUACCGAAAUAUAUAGCUAUUUUAGACACAUUUCUCUGUAAGGAGGUUUCCUAUGAGGAUUCUAGAAAUUUCUAACUUAAUUGUCUAAUACCUUUUGUCAGUGUUUGUGGCUUACAGUGCUGUAUAUAGGUGUGUAAUAUAUUGCCUUUUGUAUUUGUAUAAUUCUACUUCCAAGACUAGAUGUGUACAUUUCCUAAUAUUCACUGAAGUCUGUGGAAUAUCUGCCUCAGUCUAUAGAUGUCUGUCUUCACACGAGAACCUGAAUUUAAAUUACUGCCACACUUUGUCUCAUUCUUCAGCUCAUUAUGUGACACUGUUCUUUGUUUUAGUAACACACCAUUUCACCUUUUUUGCAGUGUUCUCUUACACUGAAAACUUACAUUCCUAAUGUAUAAAAUAUGAGGUUGUCUUUUAGUGUUUAAUAAUUUUGGCAGUAAAAUAAAUUGGUUUUUUUGAAGCUGUA